GUCAUGAAUUGUACUGACGCGCAGAAGGUGCAGUUUGGCACCCAUAUGCUUGAGAAAGAAGCUGAAGAUUGGUGGGACAACACUGUUCAGAGGUUUGAAGGUGAUGGGAUGGAGAUUACUUGGGAUCUUUUCAAGGGUGCAUUUCUGGAGAAGUACUAUCCAGAAGAUGUGCGUGGAAAGAAGGAAAUUGAGUUUCUUGAACUCAAGCAGGGUAAUGGAACCGUGGCGGAGUAUGCUACAAAGUUUGAGGAAUUGAUUAAGUUUUGUCCCCACUACAAUACUGCCGAAGCUGAGAGAUCUAAGUGUAACAAGUUUGUGAAUGGUUUGAGACCUGAGAUCAAGAAGGUUGUGGGAUAUCAACAGAUUAUCCGAUUUUCUGACCUGGUUAACAGGAGUAGGAUAUAUGAUGAGGAUAGCAGGGAAAGUGCUGCUCACUACAAGUCUUUGAAAGAGAAGAAAGAAAAGGGGCAAUUCAGAGGGAAACCGUAUGGGAAUCCUGUUGAUAACGGUAAACAAGAAGCUGGUAAUGACAAGAAGCCGAGUGGGGGAGGAGCUCCUAAUCCGGUUAGGUGCUACAAGUGUGGUGUUGAAGGACAUCGUUCUCCUGAAUGUCCCAAUUCAGAAGCAACAUGAUUUAAGUGUGGCAAGCUGGGCCACAAAUCCUUUGAGUGCCUAGAAGGUAAAACUGUGGCAUGCUACAGAUGUGGAGAGCAAGGUCACAUCAGUACUAAUUGUGACAAACCCAAGAAGGAUCCUGCAAGGGGGAAGGUGUUUGCUUUAUCUGGUGCUGAGACUACUGCUGAGGAUAGACUAAUUCGAAGUAAUUAGGAGGAGUAGUCUAUAGCCUUUAUUUCGAGUUGGAGUCCUUGCUCUGAUACGUAGCACUCGGGGGGGAAAUGGACGCUUGUUUUCCUUCUGUUAUAAUUUGAAUUAAGUUGUUAUUUGAGAAGUUGUUUCUGUUUUAAGUUGUGGGCAAGAUACUAUGUUUUCUUUAAGUUUUAAAGACACUGGAUUCGCUGCAUAACUAUUUGUCAAAGUGAACUAGUUCAAAGACUAAUUAACUGUCACAAGAGCAUUUAAGUUUAUUUAUGAGUUCAUCUCAAAGUUUAUGUGCUAUGUAUCUGUUACAGGAGCAUUAUGAUAAUGUUUUAAGUGAUUAUGUAAUGCCCCAUGAGUGUUAGAAUU